AUGUUGAAAACCACAGAUAUUUUUGUUUUUGGUUUUUUGUGUUCGUUACAAGGGCGAUUGGAUGGUUUCCCCACACCAAGACCUAUGCCCAACCUGGACGGCGGCGUGCGGUCCACGGCUCAACCAUCGGCUUCGUACAGCAGUCUUUGGACGUUUCCCGCAAUGCGACUGCAUUCAUCAUACAGACGUGACUGGAUUUCUUCCACUUCUGUACUGUUGUUACCGACGACCAACCGCAAUCGAAUUUCGUGGUCGUCCUAUAGCGACAAUGGUAAAGACAGGAUUUGGUCGUCUGGUCCGUUAUCGCCACCGCUGUCCGACCCCCAAGCUGUAAUUCUGCCAUCUGAACAGCGACCGUAUCCUUCUUUCGACAACAAAGAUAUGAGUAGGGUCUUGUAUGAUUCGUCACAAAUUUUGCUGGCCGAUAGUUCCAUGAGCAUUUCUCCGUUGUCCGAUAACAAAUUGAAGACUUCAUCGAUGUCGUCAUGUGCCAUGAGACUGUCCAACUUUCGUCUCUCAAAAGACGAAGAGUCCCCAAUGAUACUGUUUGACCAAAAUGGCAAGAUGUACACAAACUACUACCCUCCCGUCCGCCGUCGGGCACCACAACAAAAAACUUAUGAAGCCGAUGGGGGUCACCGGUAUUGA